AUGACUACUACUUUGCUUCCAAACUCUAUCGUGCUCAACGUCCCAACUGCAGCAACAAACCCUUAUGUGUACCGCAAGGAUGACAACUCGGUCGGGAGCGGAAGCGACAGCUUGUUCAACACGGCCGUGAAGAUCACAGUCGAGCAAGCAACGGUGGACAGCAGAUACGUCCACCUCCGAUUCACUUACAACAACAAAUAUUGGCAAAAAAACACAGACGAUAACUCCAUCGUGGCCGUAUCAAGCCAGAAAGUAGAGGACACGACGGAUCCGUCGUGCACGCUCUUCGAGCCAAACCUGCAAUCAAACGUGGUGUCUUUCACUCACGUCCAGACCGGGUGGCCCGUGGUGAUCAACAACUCCACCAGCAGUCUGUACGUGGACGAAACGGGCAGCAGCGCCACGGCUCUAGGGUUUGUGGAUGGGGACACAUUAGUCCAGCUGCCGACUCACAUAGCCCUGAAAGGAAACAACGGGAAGUGGCUCAAAGCCUACGCACCAGAUGGCUGGUACCUGCAGUUCCAAGAGAGUGAUCCUAACGAUGAAUUAUCGGUGCAAACAGUGACACUAAUGCCCAACGGGUACGUCCGGAUACUCUCCAAUCACUUCCGCAAGUUCUGGUGGACGGACACCUCCGACUCUGAUCGAUGGGUACACUCUGAUUGGGAUGAUAGUAAGGGAAGCCAAACCGUCAGUUACUUCUGGCCUGUCAAAAUCGACGAUACCACCAUAGCGCUUCGCAGCGCAGCCAACAACAACUUCUGCAAACGCCUCACGGUGGACAGCACCAUGGCCGACUGCCUAGCUGCCUCGGUCAGCACCAUCACAGAUGAAGCGAGAAUGCAGGUGCAAGAGCUCGUGUCCAAAAGGAAGAUCUACAACGUGAUGUAUCACAUGGAGGACGCUAUGAUCUAUAACGAGGCGCCUUAUGUGGGGGGCACAUCCUCCCUCACCAACCCCAACGACGAGGAAGCCUCCAUGGAAGUGUCCAUCACGUAUCAGAACGAGACGUCUUACACUUUCAGCCGCGGGACUUCCAUCUCAGCCGGGGUGAGUGCCACUAUAGAAGCAGGGAUUCCCUUAAUUGAGGACACAGAGAUUGAAGUUUCGACUGAGAUAAACGCGUCGCUAGAGUGGGACACCACCACAACCACAACCACUUCAGUUACGGCCACUGGCACGGUUACUGUGCCUGCUAAUUCAACGGUCAGAGUGAGUUACGUUGGUACGCAGGGCACCUGCAACAUCCCUUACACUUACACUCAGGAAGACGUGAGCUCCACCACCGGCGAAAUCACCUACUACAGUCAGACUGAUGGUAUCUACAACGGAGUCAGUUGCUACAACUUCGCCUUUCAAGUCCAACCACUUCAGCCUGCCUCUGCUUGA